AGUUUUAAAGCUGCCUUAAAAAUAGUACAUCAUUCAGCGGAGUACAUGAGGAAGGUCUUCAAACGCCAUGCAAUCAUGGAUAGUUCUCUUUUCAUCUUAGAAGAAAUGUAUGCAAAAUUACGUCUAGUGCAAAAGGAGGAGGAGAGUCAUCUCAAAAGUAAUUAUAAUUGUGUCGAACUGUUUGGAUUUCUUGUCUCUCAAAUCACGUCAGAGGUAUUUUUCAUCGACUGGGAAAGACCGAGAGGUGUCAUCGUUUCCAGAUCUGAUGAUUCUACGUUCAACCCUGUGACUAUAUGGCGAACGUACAUCGUCGCCAACGAAUGGAACGAACUGCAGACCUACCGAAGAAUAAGCUGUUUUUUCCAGUUGUUCGUCGUUUGUGUGCUGCUCAAGGUAAACGCAGUCAUCGAACCGGGGUUCAGAACCACCGCACCAGCAGCGAGUGCAGUAGAUUCGGUCAUCACGUUUUUGGUUGAGCGGUGUUUCUGGGACCAGAUUCGCAACUUUGUUGACCUCUGCUCGAUAAGCAACAUAAGCGUGCUUGGCCUUCAGAACCAUCUCUACGGAUUUUAUCUUCACGGACGGUCGGUACAUGGUUACGCAGACUGCGACAUAAAGGAGAUGAACGACAAAUUGCAGCGUGAGAAGGCAUGCUUUUGUUUUCGUGGUUUGGAACCAAACUCUGAAGUUCAGUCCUUUACGGUUUACCUCUCUGAUCGGUUCAGACUACAGUACGACAGAAUUUCCCGCCUGAUAACCAAUGGAUUGGAUUUAAAAGAAUGUUUCACGUUCGUCGAUGGAAGGAAACUAAAACUGUUGAUACUUUUAGAUUAUUCAGAACAGGCGUUUACGAAGCUGUUUUUCUUUGGCAACGAGUUCACGCUGUUCACGUUUGAAAUGAGCUUGUUUUGUUAUGUAGAAUAUCUCAGUCGAAACGUUGUCUUAGCCGCGGCUGUCACUGCAUUUGUAGUGAUGAUCGUCAAGAAGUUGAGGGAGAAAGGCGGCAUCAAGAACCUAACUCGAACCAGCCUGGUUGAUGCACGUUUCCUGCUGUAA